UCGUCGUAACAGGUGAUCUCCGCUUCCUUCUUCGUCUCCACGCGUUCCGCGUCUUCGUUCGAUUUCCGAGGCCUACCGCGACGCGUCGUGUGUGCGCGUGCGCGAUUUUAAAUGUGCGACCGCGUCGCGGGUUGCUACGAAGUUGGCGUUUUCUAUUGUUUUUCGACGAAAUAUGGGCCGCGAGUUCGCCAACUCUGAUGCAGCCGCGAUAUAAUAUGUCGCCCUAUAGCCAGUACAGGCCGUUGUCGCUCGGUUCGGAUCAGGCGGGCGGCGGCGGCGGCGGUUUGGCGGCGGUGGUUCUACAGAGGACGUCGCCCGCGUGCCGCGAAUCCGCGCAGAGCGCGUGCAGAUUUUUGCGCUGGAUAUCCAAGUUCGGACAGCAGCCGGUUAACAAGCCCGGACUGGGAGGGGUCUUGGACAUGACCGCCACGGAGAACACCAUCCGUUUCAGUGUCCACACCCUGGACAAGGCGACCAAGGCCAAGGUCACCUUGGAGAAUUACUAUAGUAACCUUAUAGCCCAGCACGUGGAGCGAAAGCAAAGGUUAGCAAAAUUAGAAGAAUCCCUCAAAGACGACAGCCUCUCGGAGGAGCAGAAACACGAGAAGAGGUUGCAGCAUGCCCAGAAAGAAACCGAGUUCCUCAGGCUUAAGCGUUCCAGGUUGGGAGUGGAAGACUUCGAGCCCCUGAAAGUGAUCGGUCGGGGGGCGUUCGGGGAGGUGCGACUGGUGCAAAAAAAGGACACGGGUCACGUGUACGCCAUGAAGAUCCUCAGGAAAGCGGACAUGCUAGAAAAGGAACAGGUUGCGCACGUGCGCGCCGAACGUGACAUAUUGGUGGAGGCUGAUCACCAAUGGGUGGUUAAAAUGUAUUAUAGUUUCCAAGAUCCCAUCAACCUUUACCUGAUAAUGGAAUUCUUGCCCGGGGGCGACAUGAUGACGCUUCUCAUGAAGAAAGACACGUUGUCGGAAGAAUGUACGCAGUUUUACAUAGCCGAGACGGCGCUCGCGAUCGACUCGAUACACAAGCUGGGCUUCAUCCACAGGGACAUCAAACCGGACAACCUUUUGCUCGACGCGAAGGGCCACCUCAAGCUGUCCGAUUUCGGGCUGUGCACGGGACUGAAGAAGUCGCACCGGACGGACUUCUACAGAGAUCUCAGUCAAGCGAAACCGUCUGAUUUUAUCAUUACGUCGAGUCCGAUGGACUCCAAGAGGCGGGCGGAGAGUUGGAAAAAGAACCGGAGGGCAUUGGCGUACAGUACUGUCGGCACACCGGACUACAUAGCACCGGAGGUCUUCCUCCAAACUGGUUACGGACCGGCGUGCGACUGGUGGUCGUUAGGCGUCAUCAUGUACGAGAUGCUCAUCGGAUAUCCGCCGUUUUGUUCGGAGAAUCCGCAGGACACCUACAGGAAAGUGAUGAACUGGAGGGAAACGUUGGUGUUCCCGGCGGAGGUGCCCAUAUCCGAAGACGCCAAAGAUACGAUCAUUAAGUUUUGCUGCGAAGCAGAUAGAAGACUGGGUUCCCAGAAAGGUCUCGAGGAUUUGAAGCUGAUCCCGUUUUUCCGGGGCGUAGAUUGGGAGCAUAUACGCGAGAGGCCGGCAGCUAUACCGGUAGAGGUCAGGUCGAUAGACGACACGUCGAACUUUGACGAUUUUCCAGACGUGAAAUUAGAAAUUCCCUCCGCGCCGAUGCCCCAGGACGGCGACAUCACCUACAAGGACUGGGUGUUCAUCAACUACACGUUCAAGCGCUUCGAGGGUAUGACGCAACGGGGCACGCCCACCAAGAAGUGAACUGAUUAGUUAAUCGUUUUCCGUUUCGGUUUUCCUUCCGCGCGCGAGAUGUUAUUGUGAACCGACCCUCACUAAUUUAUUUCGUCCGAAUUAUUUAUUGCGCGCGAGCCGCGAGGGGGGCGGGGCACGGUGUGAUCGGUCGCUCGGUCCCGAUCACGGCGAGUAUUUUAUGUGUUCGUAAACGAUAGGUCUGAUUUCCUCCUCUCCUCGCGCAAUUCGGUUCGAAAUCGAAAAGCCGUGAGUGGGAAAAAGGCGAACGGAGGGGCGGGAAAAAGAAGGGUUAGUUUCAGAAUCGAUGCCCGCCGAUUGCGACGUAUUUCGUUUUAUUGUUACAAAGUGAUACUUUUUAUUUUUUAUUUUUUUUGAAUUGUUUUUCUUUGUCCUGAGCGACCUAUGACCGCGCCCUGUGUGACCGUCGACGCAAAAACAGUAGUAGUAGAGCACUCGGUUGGUUUAGUCCCUGCGUCCGUGAGAACGGAAUUAUUUUUUUCCCCCUCAACGUGUCGGCUCCGAGGCUACACGUUUUUUCCUCUUCAACCGUAUAUGUACAUGGCGUCCCGUAGGUCGUGGUACAAACUCGUCGGGGUGAUAGUAGAGGUCGCUUCUGUAGUCACAUAUAAUUAGUUUUUGCUCUACACUUGCUCUUAAAUCCACGCCUCCAUUAAUAUAUUUUUAAACUCUAAACGCCUCUAUUAAUGAAAGCAAAAGAUUACCAAAAAAAAGUAAAGGAAAACAGAAAAACUUGACCUAAAAGUGGAGUUCCAUUCAAUGAUGUUAAACUACUUUAACAAUUAAACUUUAAGAAGAAAGUUUAUUAUAGGACCGGUCAUUUCCCGCGAUUGGACUACUACUAAAAAUAAGCAAAAUAAAUAAUCCGGAGACACAGUUCCGAAAGUUGCGGUAAGAAAAAUUCAACAUACAAGAAUAAAAAUUAUUUGAAAUCGAACAUUAAAUAGGUUGAUGCCUCUCAGAGCUCUAUCAAAGGCAAUCGAUUUAAAAUUUUAUAGGGGCUUUUGGAAUCAAUUAUAUUUCCUUCUUUUGCUAAGAGUUCUAAAAUUAUUUUUGCACUCUCUCGAUCUGUUAAAGAUAACGGCUAUAGUAAGGAGACCAUACCUUACAAACAUAUUCCAAAACAAAAAUGUAAAAUAGAGUUUUAAGGCAAUGAUUACUUGCAAAGUUCUUUUAACAAGGCCCAAUGCUCUGUCUUCUUCACUUUUAACCGAAGUAUUAUGUAGAAAAUAUUCGAAUUCAACAAUAUUUUUGACCCAUAAAACAUUUAUCUACACUCCCGGCUUUAAGCCUUUUUGAAUUUCCGUUCAUUUUAUUUCGUAAUUGUGCGUGGUUGAUAAAUUCGUAUAAUGGAAAAAACGAUUGAAUAUUUCUUUCUACCGUAUGAAAUACGGCAAGUCUUCACUUCACUUCACUUCAUUAAAAAUGGUCAAAAUUAUGAAAGCCCAAACUUUUAUGCUUACGUUGAAGUAGUUUAUAUAAGCCUUAUUGGAUUUAAACCGUGGCUAAUAGGGAGAAGUGUAAACAUAUCACUGAGCCAUUAAUUACUAUUGUUUUACGCUUUUGCCUUGAUUUACACCAUUAGUAUUUGUAUUUAGUAAAAUAUCAUCCAAAGCUUUUUUGCGGUUUUUACAUAUAUUUUUAACGAACGGCGUUUAUAGGUUUUGAUCAGAAAUUACUGUGCCUAUCACCUAGUGCAGGUUGGACCAACUCCUAUGCGAUACCCUGUAUAAAUGUAGGUUAGGACUGAUCUCGUUAGGAAAAAGCAGUCGCGGAGUCGUCGAAUCGCGUCACUUUUUUUAUGGGGCGGGGAAUCUAUGAUGCGCGAGCAACUGCGGCGGGGGCGGGGGCAGGUGAGUUUUGCUCUCUAAUAUACGCGUCCAUCGAGACACGACAAUGACAAGUGGGGGGUUUUCGACGACUCCUCUCCCCUCCCGCCCUGCGGAAAGAUGCAUUCGUUAUUUAUUAAUUUAUGCGUUUGGCUGGUCUCGCUAACAGGACUUGUACAUAUUACGUUUACAUACUUCCAAAACCUUGUAAAAGUAAAAAAAAAUAUUUAAUAAACCUGCUUUAAAACACUGGAUUUUCUCUACUUAUUUCU